AUGUGGCUCAAGCAGCGCUUUUCGCAUCAUUGGCCGGGCCGCGGGCUAGCCCAACAUGGCCCCCAUCUCUACAGGCAGCCAAGGCUGAGGCGCACUGAGCCGCUUGCGAAUGGCCGCCUUAGCGAGAUUCCUUUCCGCAACGUUCAAGCUUCAUUUACGCCCGACAGCAGACAGAGCUACAGCGUGCACAUGCGCAAGCAGGCGUUUGAUGACGAUAACACAGUGUCAAAAAAUGGAACAGAUGCAUCCCGUGUGCAGCCCAUAUGCACAUAG